AUGUUUUUGAGCUGGAGACACGAGUCUAGCGGCGACGGCUCCGUUGCUUCGCAGCGCUCCAUAGCAUUCGAUCCGGUCACGGCAAGGACCGUUGGCCCACAGGCGUGCAGCAACUGUCGAGCUAAGAAGGUCAAGUGCAACUCUGACCCAGACGGAUGCGCCAGGUGCAGGACCCUGGGGCGGGAGUGCAAGUACGUCGUGCCCGACGGCAGGGUCCACAGGCCUGUGCGCCGACUAUCCAAACAAGACGACCGUCGUGCCGCCGACAAUGAGCAGGGGAAAACUGCGGACCAGAGUGAAGCACCUGAUAUAAACGAAUCGCCAACAUCACCAUGCUCGGCCACCAACGACCAGUCGUAUACCGGGUCCGAACUGUGGUAUAGUUUCCCCGAGGCUACGGAUCAAAGCGAAGUCCCCGCCAACCGGUCUUCGAGCGAGUCCAAUCACCAGAUACAACUGUCUGCACAGCAUGAGCAAGAUCCGGCUGUCCUGGGGGUAGACAUGCUACCCGACAGCUUCAAUCCAGCCGUCUGGGACUUCAUGAGCGUCCCCAUUGACACGCCCCAGGAUUUCAAGAAUGCUCUACCACCCUUGCUAACGGAUCUGGACCCGUCGAUCUUCAACAACGUGGGACGAGAUCCACGGGACGAUUCACUGGACGAAUCACUGCUCUCGACAGGGACGACGGCACCAUCGCCGCUGGAUGGCAUCUUCCUGCCGUUCGACAGCUAUGAGGGACUAUCGAGCCUGGCGAUGGCUUCGCCUGCGAGCGAACACCGCGGCAAGAACCCGCAGACGGGGUUGGCCUCCAUGUCCCCCGCGCUGGGGGAGUCGGGCCGCCCGUGGCUCUCCUCAUCCGCCGGCGGCGGCAGCUUGUGCCAGUGCCUGCACCGACUCGUCAUGCUCGUGGACGAGACCGAGCUGGUGGUGGAAAACGACAUUGGGUCGCUCGACAGCGCCCUCGCGGCGCACAAGGAGGCGCUCGGGCACUGCGCCCGCAUGAUCGCGUGUGCGAACUGCCGCACCAAAGUCGAGAACAUGACCGUCCUUACAUUUUUCGUUGGCCAGCUCGCCAAGAUAUGCUGCUAUAUUGACGAGGCCUGCUGGAAGUCGCCGCCGCGCGUCGACGUAGGGUCCGGCGGUGACUGUGCGGGCGACCGACCAUUCCAGCUGCUCGACACCCAGACAAGCAACAUCGCCGUGGGGAUGUACUCGGCCGAUUCGUCGGAUGAGUACAUGGCCAUCUUCCGCGGACUGCUGGAGCUCCAACUUCAGCGACUUCUCGAGCUAACCGAGCACCUCCAGCGCAUCGCCGGCAAGCUCGGUUCCGAAAUCAUGCAACGCAGGCUGACGGCGUGCAAGGACGCCGUCACGGGGCUGUUGCGGGAACAUGAGGCAGUGGAUUGUCGUGCGUGA